AUGGCGUGGAAUGGCAACGGCUCCAGCAUCAGAGUGCUGGAGGAGCCAACUACUGUCGGCAAUAUAGUGGCGAUCAAUUCGAACGGAUCCGUAAGCCGGCCUCCAUCGGAGUUGGUGCAAGACGAACAAGACGACGACGACGAAGACGACGACGACAAGUCCAGCGUAGAGCCCCCGACACCUACACCCACUCCCACGCCCACUACAUCCAAGACUAAAGAGAAUACCAGCACGAGCCCAAAUACAACUACAACCACAACCACAAAUGCCAGACAGAAACAGCCCAUCAAGUACAUCGAAAACAAGACCCGCAGACACGUCACCUUCUCUAAAAGGCGGCACGGGAUCAUGAAAAAAGCAUACGAGCUCUCUGUCCUGACGGGUGCCAACAUCCUCCUGCUGAUCCUCGCGAACUCCGGCCUGGUGUACACGUUCACCACCCCGAAGCUCGAGCCACUGGUGCGGGAGGACGAGGGCAAGAACCUCAUCAAGGCAUGCAUCAACGCUCCCGACACUCCACCGGCACACGAUCAACCCGCCACCAACUGA